GUUCGACACGUGUCAAUCACGAAACCACAACCAAAAAACCUUGUCGUCUUCUCCAAUCAUAAAAAAAAAAAAAAAACAGUGUCCCAAUUUGAUCAAACAAAACAAAUUCAUAAAUUCGGAGAAGAGAACGAAAAAUCUUCUUGUUGGCAAAUCUCCGGCGAGAUCAUCUUUCUUAUUUUGUUCCACGGAAGUUUCAGACAUGGCGGCCGCGAAACUCGUGGCGUUGUUACUUCUUCUCGCCUUGGUUUUCAAUUUCACCACUUGUAUCUUUGCCGACGCUGGAAUCGACGGCGGCGAUGAACCGAAACUUAGAUCCGACGGCGGUGAUAUCGAAUUGGAUCAGCUUAAUGCUAAAAUCCGUGCCCUAGAAUCUCAGAUUGAUGAUAAAACCAAGGAACUUAAAGGCAGAGAAGAGUUAGUAACAGAGAAGGAGAAACUUCUUCAAGAGAGACAAGACAAAGUUGCUUCUUUGGAGACUGAGGUUUCUUCACUAAGGAAAAAAGGUUCAUCAGAUUCUGUGGAACUGUUGAGUAAAGCUCAAGCACGAGCUACUGAAUUAGAGAAGCAGGUUGAGGUACUUAAGAAAUUUCUGGAGCAGAAAAACAAGGAGAAAGAAUUGAUAGAAGCUCAGACUAGUGAAACCGAGAAGAAGCUAAACGAAUUGAACUCGAGAGUGGAGAAACUUCACAAGACAAAUGAAGAGCAGAAGAACAAAAUACGAAAACUUGAGCGUGCUCUUAAAAUUUCUGAGGAAGAAAUGUUGCGGACAAAGCAUGAAGCCACCACAAAGGCUAAGGAACUGAUGGAGGUUCAUGGGGCGUGGCUUCCCCCUUGGUUUGCUGUACACUGGAGUAGUUUUCAGACUGUUGCUGGGACACACUGGGACGCCCACGGCAAACCAGUUAUGGAGAAAGUUACUCAAAAGGUGACGUUAGCAAAAAAUCAAGCUGAAAAAUGGGCUAAACCGCACAUGGCUAAUGUUAAAACUAAAUAUAUUCCAGCCAUAAAAGAGACUGUUAAAACGCAUGUUGAGCCACACGUUCAAACACUAUCUACCAAAGCGAAAGAGGCUUACCAUGCUUCCAAGAGUGCGGUUACACCACAUAUUGUCAAGUUUCAAGAACAUGUAGAUCCCUAUUACCAGGAGGCUAAAAAGUUUAGCAAGCCGUACGUUGAUCAAGUGGCCACAGCCACAAAACCACAUGUUGAUAAGGUGAGAGCUACCAUGAAGCCUUACACAACGAAGACUGUCCACUAUUACAAAGAGUUCCUGGAAUCUGCCUCAACUUAUCACCACCAGCUUCAAGCCAAUGUCGAAAGUAAACUGAAGAGCCAUGAGCUGUUGGAACCUUUUGCCACCAAAGAGUUCAUUUGGUUUGCAGCCUCUGCUUUGUUGGCCUUACCCAUCUUCAUAGUGUACAAAUUCCUCUGUUCGCUCUUCUGCACAAAGACGAAGAAGCCUAUCCGACAGUCUCAUCAACAUACUCGCCGUAAGGCCAGAAGGGGUCAUUCUGACAAAUGAAGUCACAUGCUUUGUGUUGUUAUCACUUCCUCGUGCUAUAAAUAUUAGAGGUAAAGACGGGUUUUGAUGCGUUCUCUGUGAGCCUCACCUACAGUCUAUAUGUUUCCUUCGUUGCGUAUGAAAGAAACAGCUUAUGUUAGAGGUAUCUUAUGGGUUUUUUUUUAAUCUCGCUGUGCAAAAGUGUUCUUCACUCUCUCUGUUUUUGAGAUGCCUUUUGAAUAUAAAGUUUUCAGUCUUUUAUACAGAGAAGAUUGACAUCUAGAGGAAAUCUACUAAGGGCUUGGUUUGUGUAUUUUGUGAUUCAUGUGGAUAAAUUUGGUACUUGUGCCAUUACUCUUUAAAAGCAAUCACUCUUUGUCUUUUAUCUUUUUGAAAACUUUUUCUCAAAAAUCGAAACCAAAUUGGGAAUUGUUACAGCUUUUAUUUUAUUUGUAACUAAAAAUCAUAGAGCCAGACCAUAAUUGGUUUGACUAGUCUUUGAUUCUUAA